UUUGGAGCAAGAUUACUCCAAUUUUUCUACUCAUUUGCAGUAUAGUUUAGUCCCUUCUUACCAUCGUUAGUUUAUGCCCAGUUUUGUGUCCUAAUUGUAACCAAUUUUAAUAUUCUGAAAGUCUGAUCGUUUUGAUUAUAAGAAAAGUACAAUUUUUGUGAGAGUGCCUACAUUCGUGAUACUUUAUUUGAGUUACCAGAAAAGCCUUCAAAAUGACCGAUAAAAUUGCAUCUAAUUUAGACACGACAAGAGAAAUUGUUGAGAAGAUUUUGGUUAAGCUCUAUAUAAAUGGAAGUAUCAAGGAUGGUCAACUAUCGAAGAAAAUUCUACAGACUAUGGCUAAUGAUUUCAUACGCUGCAAUAAUAUUGGGAAUUUCUCUUACGACGAGAUGCCUAGGGCCAUGUUGAGAUAUAAUUUUUGUUACUAUAUGAAACCAGACUUGGCUCACAAAUCUAAGUGCUUUCUUGUUAAUACUACUGAAAUUGAGAGAGUGGUUGAAAAAUAUCCCAAGGAUAAAUUGCUUAAGAUAGUUGAUGGAGAAGAUCAGAAUUAUUUAAAUGCUUGCUCUUUGGAAUAUAUGAUUACAGCUGAGCAAAAGCAAAAGAUAGGGCUUUCAGAUAGUAAUUGUUUCGUGUACAAAAAGACUUUUGACGACGACAAGAAAUUCUUGACAGGCUGCGUAAAUGAUAUCAGCAUAGAUAAAUCGAACUGCUGGUCACAAUUGAUCAAUUUGACAACGGAUUUUCAACCUAAGGAAGCAAAACUCAUUUUUAAGAUAGAAUCAAUACAGACAAUAAAGAUAGUGGUUUCUAGAGUUUUUGUAAUUCCACAUGUAGUAUCUAGUGAUAAAGAUCAUUACGUUUUGACUACUUAUGAAGAAGACUCUUGCACAAAAUUUGAUCUAUUCUACGAAAAACUGUCCAUUCUAAGUCAUCCAUAUUCAAUUUUAAUCUACUUUGAUAUUGAUUUUAAGAGUGGACUUGUAACGGAGUAUCAUUUUACGUUGAACAAAUCGUUGUGCUGUAACGAGAAUAAGUUGGAUGAAGCAAUCAAGGAGAAGAAACUAAGGUUUUUGCCGUAUCAUAUCGAUAGGAUGUUUUUGGAUCCCUUGCCCUCGUAUGAUCCUUCCAAAGAGAUGAAAAAACUGACUCAAAAAAAAUUUGCAAAGAAUAGUCUCACCGAUGAAGAAAAAUUUUUGCUGGCAAAAAUCAACGUAUUUUCUAGAAAUGGUUUAACAUCGACAAAUUAUGUUGAUUUCUGGGAAACAUUUAUUGAAAUGGAAGAUUGUGCUGCAACAGAACAAUUUGCCAGCAUUGAUAAGUUAGGUAAAAAAUUGAUUAGUCAAGAGAAAUACUACGUGUUGCAGAUCCCGAAUGUUCCAGAACAAUCGCCGGCAAUUAUGGAAGGAGGUGAAGUGAUUGUUGUACCAUCGAAUGAAGUAUCUAAAAAAAUGAUAGGACGUGUGUAUCAAGUUAGGACAAAUGAUAUUGUAUUAGACAUGGAUGGUGAUAUCUUGGAUAGAAAUACACUCUAUAACAUACAUUUCUUGCCCAAUCGAGUAACAAUUCAAUUGGAGAGAGAAGCACUCAACUAUGUGUCAAUGAAUAAAAUCUCAAAGUUCUUCUUCCCAAAAUCACUACCAACGCAUCCAAUUGAUUAUAGGGGAUUUGAGUGGAUCAAUGAGAGUGUGAAGACGAAUCCUGAGCAACAGAGUGCUAUUAUUCACAUUGUGGAAAAGACAUCAUUUCCAGCGCCUUAUAUCUUGAUGGGACCUCCAGGUACAGGAAAAACCACAACGAUUGUGGAAGCUGUUUGUCAAAUCUUAAAGAGAGAUAAAGAUGCAAAGAUUUUAAUAGCAGCAAGUUCUAACUAUGCUUGCGAUGUCCUUGCUCUUCGUCUUCUCAAAUAUUUACCUGAACAAUGCGUCUAUCGCAUGUUCGGAAAAUCAAUGGAGGCUGAAAUUCACUCAAUACAUCCACUUUUAAAAAGGAAUUCCAAUUUGUCAUCUAGACACCACUACUAUCCUUGCAUUACCCAUUUGAAAACGUAUAAUAUUAUAAUUGCUACUCUUACAGUCACUGGAAAAUUUGCUCAUGCAAAAGUAGAUUUCAAACACUUCUCUUAUGUGUUCAUUGACGAAUCUGGGAGCAGCACAGAACCUUCAACAUUUGUUCCUAUUGCUGGUGUGAUAUCAUCAGAAGGAAAAGUCUAUGGUCAAGUAAUUCUAUCUGGUGAUCCAAAACAAUUGGGGCCAGUAGUUGUUGCAGACAGGACUAAGAAUCGUUUAGGUGUCUCUCUGCUCGAGCGUUUAAUUGAUACUGGAAUUUAUAGCAGGGAUAGUGGUACUGGAAAAUACAAUUCCAGAGUAAUUACAAAACUAAUUCGGAACUUUCGUUCACAUCCAAAAAUUCUGGAAUUUCCCAAUAAUCAAUUCUAUAAUAGUGAACUGAUUGCUGAAGGUGAUUCCGAAGUUACUAGUUGGGCUUGUGAUUGGACAUACUUACCAAAUAAAUCUGUUCCGAUUUUAUUUGAGCAUGUAAUUGGACGUACAAUGCAAGAUGAUAAUUCACCAAGUCUCUACAAUCGAAGAGAAAUUGCGCGUGUUCUAUUUUACAUAGAAGAAUUACUGAAGGAUGAAAAAAUAUUUGGGAGAAAAAUCACUCAGAAAUGCAUUGGAGUAAUAUCACCUUAUAAGAAGCAAUGCCAAAAAAUAAAAUAUGCAUGUAUGUAUAGGAAAUGGGAGGAUAUUGAUGUGGGAUCCGUGGAGAAAUUUCAAGGUCAAGAAAAACCUGUGAUAAUUAUUUCAACUGUGCGAUCAUUAAUGCGUGGUCUGGGAUUCUUGAGCAAUCCCAAGCGUCUUAAUGUGGCUCUUACACGAGCACAGACUCUUCUGAUCGUUGUAGGAAAUGUGAAUACUCUGCAAAUUGAUCCUCUGUGGAGAAAAUUUAUUGAUUUCUGUGAUGAAAAUGGUUUGAUAAGACAUAUUGGCGAGGAUAAAAAGGAAUUCUCCAAGAAGAAAGAUGUACAUUUGAAGAAUGUUUCUAAAAAUGCACCAGAUGUAACAACAAAUGAUUCUGGUGAAAUUACUCCUUCUCACAGGCUUAAACUUGACAAUAGACAAAUAUCCUCUAAGAAUACAAAAUGUCUAAAUAUAACCAGUAAUCAGCCUCAUUCUGAGGAGCCACUAAAAUUACAACCGAGAAGUAAAAUUGAUCAAUUACCACGAGAUAAGAGAUGCUCCAAACCAUCAGUUAAUACUCUACAAGCCUCUUUGUCAGCUCUUUCUCUUAAUUUGCCAUAUGUUUCCACUGAAUUAUCUGGCAACCUUCGGAAUUCUCAGAGAGUUUUUAUGAUCCAAAAAGAUCAUCUUUCACAUCGCAGAGCAAGUACAUAACUACAAAAAUAUUUUACUAUGUAUUUGGUAAAGUGUUUUUUUUUACUAAGAUCCCAUGAAACUUUCACGGAGGUAAGAAAUUAAAAAAAAAAUCUUUUAUUUUUUCUUCUAAUUCUAUUUUUUUUUUAUAUUUUAGCAGAUUAUUUUAUGCGAAAUAUAGCUAUUUUGCAUUUAUUUUUAGUUAAUUAUUUACAAUUUUAAGUAACAUUUAAAGAUUUAUUGACUUUUGCAUGCUGCAACAGAGAAUCGUCCUUUGAAAUAUCUCAAAUUUCCAGUGCGCUUACAAUUCUUUUUCUACAAGUCCUCACAUGUCCAAAGGACUCAAAGACUGCUAAUUCCCAACAGAAAACGAAAUGACGAUUUUUACGACUAGCAAUCUUUCAUAAAAAACAUUUCUACACAAUAGAAUAAAUUAUCUUCAGGGUUGUGUAGUUUUGUUUCACAAACAGUGGUUAACAAAACAAUGGGACUACUCGUGCAAAACCUACUUUUUUUUAAAAAUUUUUAUUGUUUUCUUUUUUACUUUGUUGAAAUAAUUUUGAUUGAAUUCUUCGGAAGGAUGGUCAAGAUGACGCCAGGAUUGUCCUUGAAAAAUAUUAAAAAUCCACAUUUAAAUCAAAAAAAAUUGAAAAUUAAAAAAUUAGAAUAUCAAAAAAUUAGAAAUCCACAUUUAAAUCAAAAAACUUUUACUAUGCAAAUAAAGCUCUUUUCUGUAAACAAGUCACUCAUUUGAAAAGUUUUUAAUUUUAUAUUCACGACUCUUUUUGCACCGCCUGUUUUCUCCUUUGUAACAUCUGAUUGUAUCUUAUUCUCUACUUAUCUUAUGCAUAUUAAGAAAAAAAAAACAAUAAUAAUACAUUUUUUGAUAUAGUCCCAAAUUGUUGUACUCCGACAGGGGCAUGGAACUGUAUAAUAAAUAAAUAAAAAAUAAAAUAGUUUAACAGAAAAAUUACAAUUUUCCCAUUCUUGCAUUUGCAUAAACUUGUAAAAUCUAUUGUUAAGCCAUAAAAUAUCAAUUUACAUAAUUAUAUUAACAUUUAGUAUUUUUUUUGUAAUACUUUUGUAAUAAAUUUGAAUUUUUCACUAUAAAUAAAAAUAUUUAUUC